AUGAGCUCUUCCAGUCUUUACGACCCCGAGGAAGACGACGACGCAUCUACAUCUAACUCCGACAUCGACAUCGAUCCCAACCAACACCACGCACCGCCAGGCCCGGAGCAACAUCCAUCCUUUCGCAUCCGAAAACGAAAACGAGGCACCCGCGACCAAGCCAUCGAACAGCUCUACCAAUCCCUCCCGCGCCAAUCCGUCGAGGCGUACGCCGCCCUCUUCGCAGAGAACCAAACCGCCUCCGACGAUGCGCCGCCCGCACCCGCCGCCGUGCCCGCCACGGGCGAGAGCGAAGCCUGGCACUCCACACAGCACGGCGUCGUGACAUGGACGUCGCGCGAGAAGGAAAUCCUGCACCAGAUCCUCGAGCGGCGGGGCGUCAACGGCGUCGCGGAGAUCGCGCGCGCCGUGGGGACCAAAUCCGAGCUCGAGGUGCAGGAGUACCUGCGGCUGCUGCACCGGGGCGUGGAGCGGCAGCACCUGCACGACCGGCACAGCCGCACCGUCAUCCUGGGCGAGGUGCCGGCGGCGACGGAGAUUAGCGCGCGGUGCUGUCGCGCGCUCGAUCCGUACGCGACGCUGCUCUCGCUCGCGGACAAGCAGGCCGAGGACGUCGCGGGCCAACGGCGACACCACCACCUGUGGAUUGUCGACCAUCAGACCGCGGAGAAGGUGGAGGCGCAGCUGGACACGCUGCCUGACGGGGUGGCGGCGGGCGGAGAUCUCCCGCCGUCGAGCGUGUACACGAGCGCGCGGCUGCUGAACAUGAAAAUGUGGGUGCGGCUGUCGGAGCGGUGCUUCAUGAACUUCGGCGGCGACCGGCUGGACGACAACUGGGUGAAUGUGGCGUAUGCGGAGGAGACGCCGUCGCUGACGGCGGACGCGUUGGGCGAGUUCUACGCGCUGGCUGUCAGUCUUACGCGGCGGCUGGUGCAUUCGGCGCUGUUCUUUGCCAUGGCGCGGCUGCGCAACAUGCGCGAGACGGGGAACCCCAAGGCGCAGGUGGUGCGGACGCGGGACGUGCAUGCCGCGCUCAACGUGCUGGAGAUGCGGCGCGACCGCGCCGACUACUGGGUUGGCCUGGCGCGCCGGUGCAGCCUGGAGGUGGCGGAUCUGCGGCAUCGGGUCGGGUGGGAGCCCGUGCCGCUGAGCUACGAUGAAGUCGAGGGGAUUCUCUCCGGGGAGAUCCCGUUUGAUACGGAGGCCGUGGCCGGGACGAGAAGCGCGUCCAGACAGCGGCGGCCCAGCCAGACAGACGAUGAAAACGACGGCGAGGACACCGGCGAGCGUCACAGCGAGGAUGAGUCCGAGCCGGGCUCGGAGGCGGCCUCCGUGCUGUCUUCGCCGAUUGUAUCAUCCGACGAGGAGGAACUCCCCGCGGAUCUUGAGGAGGAACACGCGGAGCAGGUGGACGAACAGGCCAGCCGGCGCGAAGAGCGACGUCUCUGGGAGAUGAUGGGAAGACCCGUGCCGGCGUCUGUCGCCGUCGAGAUAAAAGAUGAAGACGAGCUCGAGUCGAAGCUCCAGAGGCCGACUGGCGAGCGCAAAACGAAAGAGGAUCUUGUCAGCUGGCGCGACAGAACCCUCUACCGCAGCGAAUGGGAGGAGUACGGCCAUGAAGUGUUCGAUCUAACGAUGGGACCGACGCUCCCGACGAUGGCAUGGAUAUCGACCCGCCGGAACCAGAACCGUCCCACGCCCACCCAGGCUGCGAAGACGAGCCGCACCACUCCUCCGCCAGUGCUGCGUCUGCAGUCGACUCGGAAGAGUCGAACCACCCACCCUUACAACCCAAACAACUCAGCAGAGUGCGAAAGACCGGAAACGAUAAUGAAGAACUGA